GGGCAGGCAGUUUUCGCAAGGUGGAUCGAAUGCGACAGGGACGUGGUCGGGCGCAGCACUGCCAGGGACUCUAUAAACUGUUGAUGUUAUCCACCUUAACUGCAGGAUGGAUUUGGUCGGACUCCACUUUGGUGGGCCAAGCGCUGUAGCAAUCCGCGAGUAUCUGAGCUGCUCCUUCUUCAUAUGGAGAGGCAAGGCAUCCAACUGAACGAUGUUGAGGAUCUAAUAUCAAGCAGCCUGAUACCGUUCGGCCAGCACUUACGUUGGUGUGGUGCGUGUCUGUUGAGUAUACCCACUGACUCGCCUCACUUCCACUGUGAAAUUUGUAAUGGCGACGGGUUUGGCAUUUGCCAAGCCUGCUAUGACAUUGGCGUCAGGUGUCGGGAUGAUUCUCAUCCUUUGAUACGACAUAAAGUUACUCCCGCUUUAGAGUAGGUGAAAAGACACGUUUAAUUGCACAACAUUCGCGUGGCCGUUUCUCGCUGCAGCAAAUAAAGCGGUUGAGC